CAACCAUGAAGAAAAGCAGUGACCUGUUUCCCAGUGGGAAUGGGCUGAACAUUAAUGGGAUGGAAGCCACAACCUUCUCCAAGGGGGACCUACUACUAAAGGUACAAUACAGUACAGGACAGUACAGUACAGACCACUGACUUCACAGGACCAACGUACAGACAGACAGAAAUGUUGCGGUUUUGGUCGGGCCCAUAUUGUGUGGCUGACUGGCUGACUGACUGUCUGACUGACUGUCUGACUGUCUGACUGAUUGACUGGCUGACUGGCUCAGACUGACAGUAGAUAAAGAGCCAGACAUUGUUUAUUUGUUUGUUAAUCCAGGUGGAUUGAGUUAUAAUCCAGGACCAUCCAUUUAGCAGGAAGUUCUGACAGGUGAAAUAGGUUGCCCUGGUGCUUUAUGCCAAGGCCUGGUCACGGUUUACUACACUAAACAAAGCGAACGCUCCCUAGUUCUCUAGCACACUGUUUACUCACGCUCAGAUGUCAGGUACAUUUUCACACCAAGCGAUGAAUGGCAUGUUUGGGUUUCCUCUCUCACGAUGGAGGCUGUUAUGAUCAUCAGUCAAUGCUGAGGGAUCUGUGAAGGCAGAGCAACAGAGGCAGUUGUUGGCAAACUGAUAGAAAGUAAACAGGUUGCCAGAUGAUAAUAACACCAGAUAAACAAAAUGUCCUCUUUAAUGCAACACUCUAAAUGAUGUGUUUGUGGAUGUAGCUCGACUACAGUGAAAGUGAGAGAAUUAUCAGUGUGUGUGUAUGUGCGUGCGUGCUUGUGCGCAUGUUCGUGCGUGCUGCGUGUUUGUAUAUGUGUGAGAGUGUAUAUAAGUGAGUGUUUUACUGUUUUAUCACUGCAUUUGGUCUUGCAGGCUCUGAACGGCUUUGUGCUGGUGGUCACAGCUGAAGGACAUGUGUUCUAUGCCUCUCCUACUAUCCAAGACUACCUGGGCUUCCAUCAGGUAACAACUCCAACAUCUGUAGCAUAACACAACUGUAACAUCACAUCACAUUUGUAAACCAUAGUCCUCAUCACUACAUAACCUCACCACUUUCUGUCUUUGUAAAAAAUAAUUAUCGGGUGUCGUGAAGAUUGAUAUUGAAAUACAAAGGCAAGACAUUUGAAUGGAGGAAACAGAUUACCAGGGAACAGCGUAGCAGUAAAUUUAGGAAUUAGGGGGAUACAAUGGGUUUUGUUGAAUCUCUGCUCUGGAUAGUUGAAUCCCUUUGAGAAUCAAUCUUCUAAGAGACAGAGAACCAAAGGCAACAUUUGUUGUUAAUCAAUGUGAGCAAGGCAAGGCACCAUCUUUGCUGGAGAGCUACGGCCCACUGCAUAACUUGGUAACAAUCCAGAUUUCCAUUUAUCAUCAAAGAAAGCGAAUGUGCAACUCAACCACCUGUUAACUAACCAAAAUAGGCAGGUGUUGAAGGAAGCGUCUUGUAGCAAAUUUGCAGUUGCGCUUUGCCUUUCUCUUGGAAAUGAUAGUUUGAGAAUUCCUUAUGUAACCAUGAUCAUGACAUUCUUUUCCACAGACGAAGAGAGAUCCCAUUGUUGUAGAUGUACUAGCCUACUUCUACAUACUGAGCUAUAUGAUCUACUGUACACAUGUGCUUUGUGUUAGCCAUGCUUUCUGUCAUUAUCGCUACUGCAUCUAUACUGUUCCGCGAAGCCCACAAGAAAAUGACGUAUAGCUGGGGUAAUGCGUUGAUCCUUUGUCAUUGCAGCCACAUCCAUAUAGUAAGAUUACAGACCCACAACUCAGAACUUAAGCAUACAUUUUAAACAUAUGUGGUGAACCCUAUAGCGUAUGUUAUAGUAACUUGCAACUGACCAUACUGUAUAUAGAGACAGGACAAGGAUGUCUUUCAACAAAAAUAGAUCAAAGAUUAUUUAUUUUAAACUACAGUUUGCUAUGACUGCGUCCUGUUGUGCGUUGAAAAUAGUUUGCUUGAAUAAUCAUACUAGCUUGACAGUUAUUGACCUCCUCAUCCAAUAUAGUUAUGCGUUAUCCCCUCCUUCGUUACAGUUAUAUAGUAUAGAGUCUAUUCAGUAUUGACAGGUAACUAUGAGGCCCCACUGAGAGGGAUGCCAGUCUUAAUACAAUCCUUUGAAGGUUACUUUUACCCUUUAUGAGUUGUAACUCAUGGACUGUCCCCGCUGGGUGAUCAGCACAACAAACACACACAGAGUUUACUACUGCCACAAAUCAGAAGCAGUUGGAUUAUAUUUAGAGUUACAGUUCGCACAAAGCCUUUCACAUUGGUUUUCAGUAGAAAUGCAUUGUUUCAGUUAAUUAAAUUUGACCAAAGGAAAAUACAGGUCACUGCCAAAAUCAAGGAAAUACUUGAGUAUUGAGGGAUACAAGGUAUAUUGAAAGCAGGUGCUUCCACACAGGUGUGGUUCCUGAGUUAAUUAAGCAAUGAAAAUAUCCCAUCAUGCUGAGGGUCAUGUAUAAAAAUGCCCAGUUGCCCAUUAUUUUGGCUACCAUGGCUAGAAGAGAUCUCAGUGACUUUGAAAGUCGGGUUCCAAAGGACCAAAGGGGGCUUAAAGGAUGUGUGUGUGUCUCAAUCACCAGACCUCAACCCAAUUGAACACUUAUGGGAGAUUCUGGAGCGGCACCUGAGACAGCGUUGUCUACCACCAUAAAUAAAACAAAUUAUGGAAUUUAUUGUGGGAGAAUGGUGUUGCAUCCCUCCAAUAGAGUUCCAGACACUUGUAGAAUUUAUGCCAAGGCACAUUAAACCUGUUCUGGGGGCUCGUGGUGGCCCAAUGCCCUAUUAAGACACUUUAUGUUGGUGUUUCCUUUAUUUUGACAGUUAGCUGUAUAUCAGUGUUACGAACCCCGUGGCUUUAAACGUCUAGGGUGGAUGGACAAGAGACCCGUAACAUAAUUCAUGCAAAUUAGAAUCGUGACAUGGAACAGUGAGAACAAAAACUACACGACAACCAUAAACUACCGUCAAACAUAAAAUGUUUAUUUUUGAACACACGGUAAAGGUUUGGGAAAAAGGGCAGAGCAGGACCCAAGAAAUGAAACAAUAGUGUAAAAAAAAACUAAACUGAUCUUGCCUGCCUCAGGAACCGCUAAGCUACUGCUAAUCAUACAAAAAUACAGUGGGUGGUCCGCUCAGGUCUAACUAGUGUUUUUAGACAGUUUUCUUCCUACGGGUAAUGUAUGCCCAAGGGCAACUUGCUUAAAUUCCCCUUUUCCCAGAAACACCCAACAAAGUUACCAAACAGAGUAACCAGCAAAUGAGUGCGUACACAAAACACAGGACACCACAGUAUCCAUACUCGCAUACGGAAAAUAGUCUCUCUCUACAAACACAACUGACCGGCUUUUAAACAAUGGGAUGUGUGAUUGAAAAACCAGAAACAGGUGGUGCAAUGCAGAGGAAUGUCCACUGAUUGGUCCACCUCAGCAAUCAGCAGACACCCCAACGACCACCAAUCAGGAACAUACAGGACACCUGUGAUUAGGGCAGAAGGAGAGGAAAAACACAAAAAGACACAGGAUACCUGUAUCCGUAACAAUCAGUGCCAUCUGACUGAUGGUCAAUGUGGCAAUGUGAUGUUACUCUGUUGGUUCCAAGAGUCCACUAUGACCACAAACCACAUUGUUCCUCUUGUUCUGAAGAGAGCGCCAGAAUUUUUAAUUACAAGUGAUUCAGAUGAAACCAGAAACAAACAGUGUCCAGGACCCACUUUAGUCUUGUGGCUUCAGGGUUUGUUUGCUUAAUAACAGACAUAAGCUGAGCUCCAUUACAUUGCCGUUAUAGUUUCUCAGUGGUGGGCAGCACAGUUGCAUUUCCUCUUUUAGGUCCUAUUAAAGGCUCCUAGUUGUCCAUUCCAGUGGAGGCCAGACUGCUUGUAAUGUACACAUGUCAUUAAGUAACCCUGAUAUGGCCUGUAGACACCAUUAUUAUUAUGUGUCUACCAUAAUAAUGGAGGCUACAUCCAUAGUCAUAAGACUUAAAGGAAAACCACCCCAAAACUAUAUUUUGGUAUUUGUUUCAUUAGUCCAUUGUUGAUAGUCCCAUUGUAGUCCCAAAAUGUUUUGCAUGUCAGCAAUCACAUUUUCAAGAUAUAUAACCUUUAAAAUACAGAAAUAAAGCCAGAAUGAACCAUCAUACCAGUUGUAUUUCAGUAUUUUGAAAGUUAUACAGUGAGUGUACAAACAUUAGGAACACCUUCCUAAUAUUGAGUUUGCCCUCAGAACAGCCUCAAUUCGUUGAGGCAUGGACUCUACAAGGUGUCCAAAGUGUUCCACAUGGAUGCUGGCCCAUGUUGACUCCAAUGCUUCCUACAAUUGUGUCAAGUUGCCUGGAUGUCCUUUGGGUGGUGGACCAUUCUUGAUACACAUGGGAAACUGUUGAUCGUGAAAAACCCAGCAGCGUUGCAGUUCUUGACACACUCAAACCGGUGUGCCUGGCACCUUCUACCAUACCCCGUUCAAAGGCACUUAAAUAUUUUGUCUUGCCCAUUCCUCCUCUGAAUGGCACACAUACACAAUCCAUGUCUCAAUUGUCUCAAGUCUUAAAAAUCCUUCUUUAACCUCUUAAGGAUCAGACCCUUUUUUUCAAUUUUCACCUAAAAUGACAUACCCAAAUCUAACUGCCUGUAGCUCAGGACCUGAAGCAAGGAUAUGCAUAUUCUUGAUACCAUCUGGAAGGAACCACUUUGAAGUUUGUGGAAAUAUGAAAUUGAUGUAGGAGAAUGUAACAUAUUAGAUCUGGUAAAAGAUAAUACAAACCAAAAAACAUGCGUUUUCUAUUAAUUUUUUUGUUCCAUCUUUGAAAUGCAAGAGAAAGACCACAAUAUAAUAUUGCAGUUUAGGCGCAAUUUAGAUUCUGGCCACUAGAUGGCUGUGUGUGUGCUAAGUUUCAGAUUGAUUCAGUGAAGCAUUGCAAUACUGGACUAUUUUGUAUCAAGUCUGCCCAAAUGUGCCAAAUUGGUCAAUUGAUACAUUUUCAAGUACAUAACUAUAAAAAUAUACAAAAAUGAUAUGGUAAUACAAAAUGUAAGUUUACACACUCCCUGGAAUGUCAUACAUGAUGGAUCGUCCAGGCUCUGUCGUAGCCGGCCGCGACCGGGAGACCCAUGGGGCGGCGCGCAAUUGGCCCUGCAUUGUCCAGGGUAGGGGAGGGAAUGGCCGGCAGGGAUGUAGCUCAGUUGAUAGAGCAUGGCGUUUGCAACUGAGCUAUAAAUGGCUAUUAUAGCUGGAAACGACUGAUUUUUUAUGAAAUAUCUACAUAGGCGUACAGUCCAAUUAUCAGCAACCAUCAGUCCUGUGUUCCAAUGUCACGUUGUGUUUGCUAAUCCGAGUUUAUCAUUUUUAAAGGCUAAUUGAUCAUUAGAAAACCCUUUUACAAUUAUGUUAGCACAGCUGAAAACUGUUGUGCUGAUUAAAGAAGCAAUACAACUGGCCUUCUUGAGACUAGUUGAGUAUCUGGAGCAUCAGCAAUUGUGGGUUUGAUUACAGGCUCAAAAUAGCCAGAAACAAAGAAAUGUCUUCUGAAACUCGUCAGUCUAUUCUUGUUCUGAGAAAUGAAGGCUAUUCCAUGCGAGAAAUUGCCAAGAAACUGAAGAUCUCGUACAACGCUGUGUACUACUCCCUUCACAGAACAGCGCAAACUGGCUCUAAUCAGAAUAGAAAGAGGAGUGGGAGGCCCCGGUGCACAACUGAGCAAGAGGACAAAUACAUUAGAGUGUCUAGUUUGAGAAACAGACGCCUCACAGGUCCUCAACUGGCAGCUUCAUUUAAUAGUACCCGCAAAACACCAGUCUCAACGUCAACAGUGAAGAGGCAACUCCGGGAUGCUGACCUUCUAGGCAGAGUUGCAAAAGAAAAAGCCAUAUCUCAGACUGCCCAUCUUAAUCUUUUAUUUUUAUUGGCCAGACUGAGAUAUGGCUUUUUCUUUGCAACUCUGCCUAGUAGGUCAGCAUCCCGGAGUUGCCUCUUCACUUUUGAACAGUAGUGUACAUUAUUUACCUUCAGAAGUGAAUGUAUCAAACCAGUUGCCGUGAUACGUUUUUGUUGUUGUUGUGCACUCUCCUCAAACAAUAGCAUGGUAUCUUUUCACUGUAAUAGCUACUGUAAAUUGGACAGUGCAGUUAGAUUAACAAGAAUGUAAGCUUUCUGCCCAUAUAAGAUAUGUCUAUGUCCUGGAAAGUUUGCUGUUACUUACUGUACAACAGUCAUGCUAAUCACAUUAGCGCACGUUAGCUCAACCGUCCCGUAUACGGGACACCGAUCCAGUAGAGGUUAUUAACCUGUCUCCUCCUCUUCAUCUACACGGAUUUAAGUGGAUUUAACAGGUGACAUCAACAAGGGAUUAUAGCUUUCACCUGGAUUCAACUGGUCAGUCUAUGUCAAGGAAACAGCAUGUGUUCCUAAUGUUUUGUACACUCAGUGUAUACAUUGAAAACUUGAUUGCUGACAUACAAAACAAUUUCGGACUAUCUCAACAAUGGACUAAUGAAACAAAUACCAAAAGAUAUUUUUUGGGUGGAAUUUUACAUUAACUUUGAUGGAGUACAAUCAUUGAGUUUGCCCUCUCUCUUUGUCUGUCUGUAGUCAGAUGUGGUCCACCAGAGUGUGUUUGAGCUGAUCCACACAGACGACAGAGCAAUGUUCAGACGACAGCUUCACUUCGCCCUCAACCCCAAGCCCUUUGACCCAGAGCAGGGAGGAGACGGUGAGUGAUCUGGAGAGAAUGGGUUGUGGACAGUUUGGGUUGUUUUUUCAGUGGAAGUCAUCAAUUGAUGUCAAUGGGAGCCUGUUCGAGCUAGGUGUGUAUAUUUCAAGUUAAGUUUUGCCCCAUGUUUUUGAUGAUAAGCUCUCAUUAUACGAUCUUUCACCCUGUUUUUAUGUUCAGGCAUGGCAAGCAGCAGUGACAUCACCAGGAACAUUGUGACCUACAACCCUGAGCAGCUCCCCCCAGAGAACUCCUCCUUCCUGGAGAGGAACUUUGUGUGUCGCUUCCGCUGCCUCCUGGACAACUCCUCUGGCUUCCUGGUGAGUCACUCAUCUAUAGGGCUGUAGAGACAACAUCCACUUUGUAUUAUCACCAGAAAGUACUUCAUACACUUUAUUGUGUCAUAAGAACUAGGGUUGCAUAGCUACCGGUAAUUUACCAAAGUUACUAGAAUCUUCAGUAAUUUUGGUAAUUAACAGAAACUCUAUUGCAAUCUAUUGUAACUUUGGUAAUUUAUACUUCAAUAACUUUUUUAAAAAAUGUAUUCAUAUAUAGUAUACAUUUUUUUAUAUCUGUGUCCAUAUUGUCCAUGAGUUUCUAGUACAUUGACCAUAAGGUUCAAGAGAAUUAAUGGAAAAAGCAUCAAAUCAACAAUGGCAUUAUUUUCAAUUACCUCUGCAACUUGUCCAAAUAUUGACUUUUUUUUACAAAAUAUUGAAAACAAAUACAUAUUGACAUAGUAAAAUAUAUAAGUGUGUAAAAAGAAUAUGAAGGAUAUAUCAUGCUGAAACCCUCAUAUUAACCACCAAUGUUAUUCACUAAGUUGAUGGUUUAUAUUUAGGAUAAUGUUUUACAGCUUUGUCAUUCUAUAUAUUUUUUUAAAUAAUCGUAUUUAAUUAUUUAAUAUAUUUGACACGUGAUGAGAACAGAGAGAGGGCCAGAUAUAAUUACAGAAACUAGUGAUAAUCUGAAGUACCCAAAAGGACCACUAGAUGUAUUUUGAUAGAUUACAUAAAAUCCUUGAAUGUUACCAAAAUUCUGGUAGUUUACUGGUAAGCUUUGAAAGUUUCCAGUAAAAUACCCUCCCUUUGUGCCUUCCAAAGUAUUCAGCCCCCUUGGCGUUUUUCCUAUUUUGUUGCAUUACAACCUGUAAUUUAUAUAGAUUUUUAUUUGGAUUUCAUGUAAUGGACAUACACAAAAUAGUCCAAAUUGGUGAAGUGGAAUGAAAAAAAUAACUUGUUUCAAAAAAUUCUAAAAGAUAAAUAACGGAAAAGUGGUGCGUGCAUAUGUAUUCACCUCCGUUGCUAUGAAGCCCCUAAAUAAGAUCUGGUGCAACCAAUUACCUUCAGAAGUCACAUAAUUAGUUAAAUAAAGUCCACCUGUGUGCAAUCUAAGUGUCACAUGAUCUCAGUAUAUAUACACCUGUUCUGAAUGGCCCCAGAGUCUGCAACACCACUAAGCAAGGGGCACCACCAAGCAAGCGGCACCAUGAAGACCAAGGAACUCUCCAAACAGGUCAGGGACAAGUUGUGGAGAAGUACAGAUCAGGGUUGGGUUAUAAAAAAAUAUCAGAAACUUUGAACAUCCCACGGAGCACCAUUAAAUCCAUUCUUAAAAAAUUGAAAGAAUAUGGCAGGGACCACAACAAACCUGCCAAGAGAGGGCCGCCCACCAAAACUCACGGACCAGGCAAGGAGGACAUUAAUCAGAGAGGCAACAAAGAGACCAAAGAUAACCCUGAAGGAGCUGCAAAGCUCCACAGCGGAUAAUGGAGUAUUUGUCCAUAGGACCACAUAGGACUACUAAGCCGUACACUCUAAAGAGCUGGGCUUUACAGAAGAGUGGCCAGAAAAAAGCCAUUGCUUUAAGAAAAAAAUAAGCAAACAUGUUUGGUGUUCGCCAAAAGGCAUGUGGGAGACUCCCCAAACAUAUGGAAGAAGGUUCUCUGGUCAGAUGGGACUAAAAUUGAGCUUUUUGGCCAUCAAGGAAAACACUGUCUGGCGCAAACCCAACACCUCUCAUCACCCCGAGAACACCAUCCCCACAGUGAAGCAUGGUGGUGGCAGCAUCAUGCUGUGGGGAUGUUUUUCAUUGGCAGGGACUGGGAAACUGGUCAGAAUUGAAGGAAUGAUGGAUGGCGCUAAAUACAGGGAAAUUCUUGAGGGAAACCUGUUUCAGUCUUCCAGAGAUUUGAGACUGGGACGGAGGUUCACCUUCCAGCAGCACAAUGACCCUAAGCAUACCGCUAAAGCAACACUCAAGUGGUUUAAGGGGAAACAUUUAAAUGUCUUGGAAUGGCCUAGUCAAAGCCCAGACCUCAAUCCAAUUGAGAAUCUGUGGUAUGACUUAAAGAUUGCUGUACACCAGCGGAACCCAUCCAACCUGAAGGAGCUGGAGCAGUUUUGCCUUGAAGAGUGGGCAAAAAUGCCAUAGGGGGUGAAUACUUUCGCAAGCCACUGUACCAGCACUGUUGAUUAAUAUAACAGUAUAAAGUGAGUGGUGGAUCUUAGCAAAGUUUGGCUAAGCUUUUUAUACAAUCACUAGCCAUGUUUGAGUCUAACAUCCCUUUGUUAUCCUCAUAUUCAGGCUCUGAACUUCCAGGGGCGUCUGAAGUUCCUCCAUGCCCAGAGCAUGCAGGGGGAAGACGGGACACGCAGCCAGCCCAACCUGGGCCUGUUCACCAUCGCCACCCCUGUCCAGACCCCGUCCAUUUUGGAGAUCAGAAGCAAGACAAUUUUCUUCCAGACCAAACACAAGCUCGACUUCACCCCCAUGGGUGUUGAUGCCAGGUGACUCUAAAGGCCUGAAACUAAUUCUCACUGGGUCCAAAAAAGUUGGAAGGCUUGGCCUACAUUUAGGAAGGACGUAUGGUAGUAUUUAACCUAAGUGCCUUGAUCAAAUGUAGGACUUGAUCAAACUGGGACUGUUCUUUAAAUCUGUCACAAUUUAAUGUAUAUAUUCAACAUGUUUGAGGGAAGACUUCACAGGUGAACAUGAUGUGUUAUGUGCUGUACUUUCCACUAAUGCUCACAUGGUGUGUCCUGUCUUGUCAUCUCUCUACAGGGGGAAGGUUGUCCUGGGCUACUCAGAGAUGGAGUUGUGUAUGAGAGGCUCUGGAUAUCAGUUCAUCCACGCUGCUGAUAUGAUGUACUGCGCAGACAACCAUGUCAGAAGUAGGUUUUCUUCAUCAUUUAUAAUAACUCUUUAUUCGUUUGAUCAAUAUUUUUUUGUAUGCUUAUCUAAUGAUAUGAAUCUUCUUCUCUCAGUGAUGAAGACAGGAGAGAGUGGUCUGACCACAUUCAGACUGCUUCAGAAGACCGGGUGCUGGGUCUGGGUCCAGGCCAAUGCCAGGCUCGUCUACAAAGGAGGAAGGCCUGACUUCAUCAUCGCACGCCAGAGAGCUUUACUGUGAGUUAUCAGUGUCUGAAUCUACAAUCUGUCUGUAUCAUAAUUUGUAUUGUUUCUCAAAAUAUAUGAUUGUAUAUUCAUUCAUUCAGUCAUUCAUACAUAUGAUACAGGAAUUCCGAGGGAGAGGAGCAUCUACGCCAGAGGAAGAUGCAGCUGCCCUUCAGCUUCACCACCGGGGAGGCCCUGCUGUACGAGACCGGCCCCACUCUGGACGCCACUGAGUUCCAAACCAACUCCCCCAAAAUCCGCAAAGUAGAGUCUCUGGACCCCGAGUCUCUACUGGGCUCCUUACUGAAGCAGGACAAGUCCGUCUACACCCAGCCCCAGGAGCCUCAGCUACCCAUAGACCAGGCAUUCAUGGACAGCCGAACGCUCACCAACGUGGCCUGUAACUCAUGGCAGAGUAGCAUGGAGCCCCAGGGGCCCGAUGGGCAUGAUGAUGGUGAUGGCCCCAGUGAGGUGAAGCAAGAGGGGGCGGUGCUGGCCAUGAUCGACGCCCUGGAGAAGAUGGCGCGGGACGGGGACCUGUGUGCGGCGCUGCAGGGGCUAGACGUGGAUGCGGUCGAGCUGAUGGAGUGGGAGAGCGCCCUCCUCAGGCUGAGCCAGGACUCCAACGGGACCGGGGGCAGGGAUACCUCCCUGGAGCUGGAUGACAUCAUGACCAACGACAUCUUCUCUUACGUGGAGGAAGCCUUGUUCAAGGAGAGCAGCGAGGGGAGCGGUAACCAGCCCAACUGCUCCAUUAUGGUCAACAACAACCCUAACCUUAACCUGUUCACAGAGUUUAACAACAACAACCAGGGUGGGCCAUUCACAGGAGUGGUCAGCCCUACAGGUGUCGGACAGUGCAAGCCCGGAUUGCAUGACAGCCGCAGCUUUAUCCAUAAUGGCUCCCUAUUGAAUGGUCUAAAUGUUCAGGUAACAGGCAAUGGACCAGAUGGUUUGGCAGGACAGAACCAGGCAGGACCACACCAGGUGUUCAACAGCACCCAGAGGCUCUCCCACUUCGGCCCCCAGAUCCCUCAGAUGGACCUGAACAUCCCCACCCUGCAGCAGCUACAGCUCAACGACAUCUUCACCCCCUCUCUGGAGCUCCCCGAGCUCAGUAUCCCACACAGCUCAGGCCAGAAAGGGUCUGUCACGUUUGGCACCAGCAUGACUGGAUCCUGUGCUCAGGCACCAAACAACCACAUGGGAAGCCCUCAGGGUAUCACUGGCCAGGUCCACUCUAACCAGUCACCUACACAGUUUUUCACUCAUAAUGGCUUGCCAGCUACAAUGGCACCAAACGGACCACAGCAGAUCUCUGUUCCACAGUCCAACCAUUUAGCACCUAGUCUGGUGGAUGCCUGGGCAUCCAUGAUUCCCAGUAAUAGCUUUGUUUCACCCCAGAUUGAAUCUAGCAAUCUCAAUCUAUCUAAUCCCCUUCCGACUGCUUGCAUUCAGGGAAACACUGCACCAUUUCAGUCACUCAAAAUCCAGAGAGUGGGGUUGUGGCCCCAUAACCAGCAGCAGCAGCAGCUGCCACCCCCCGCCAGCACAAUGCAGAAUGGAAUAAUGCCGAAUGGACACAAUUUCAUCCUUGACUGUCACAGUCAAGCCAUAGAGACCCAAAGAGUCCCCCUCACAGGCCUUUGGCCACAGAACCCCAACGGACUGUAUCACCAACCCCAGCAGGGGGGACUGGCCAAUGGCCAGCCUGCUCCAUCCAGCAGCUGCAUGUUUGAGAACAUCUCACCCCCCCUCCCUAAUGGAAACAGCCACGUGAAUGGCAUCGGGCUGGACCCCACGUUGUCUGUAUGCCAGAGGAGGAAAGUGGACCCCCAGGACCGGAGUCCUCCACAGGGGUCCUGCUACUUCCAGUGGGGCCCCAGUGAGCCAGUGGUGGGUACGUCAGCCAUCAUCCAGGACAACACCAGCACCAGCCCCCCGUCUCGCCCGCUGGUGUGGCCAGUAGGGCCUCACCACCCCUGAGGCCCUACUGGCCAUGCAGCAGUACCUGGCUGGAUGCAACGGAGUCAGACAGACAGGUAACUAAGCACCCUCUCUUCUUCUGCUGCUACUGUUAUGGAUGGAGCAGUGAGUUUUUCCUUACCACAUGAACUGGUUUUCCUAGUCAAGUCACGCAGUUAGGAAAACUCAGGGCCCUAACUAGUUAUGAAGUCAUUUCUUGAUAUGAAGAAUUGUUACUUUAUGAAACUUUAUGAAACAAGCCAGGCAUCUGAUUAUAUCUUUUGUCAUACUUUUUCCCCAACAGAUUCCAAGCCUCCCUGUUAUAGACAGCAAUGGAAUAUUCUCUUGACCACCCCUUGUAAAUGGAACCAUGUGCUUUACGGAGCACAACCAAACCAACUAUUGCAACUUCUAAACAUGCAUCACAUUGCCUUACGAGGUAAAAAUGUCAGACUGAGAGAGGAGGAAGCCACCCAUGCAUCUAUUCAUCCAUCCAUCCAUCCAUCUGUAUUCGUUCAUAGACAACACUCUGCCUUAAGAGAUGUCUCAGUGAGGGUGUCGUGAAGACAAGCCAUCCCCUCAUCAUGUGUGGUCAAACACACCAUCCAUCUACCCAUAUCAGUGUUUGCAGUAAAUACAAGGACUCCUUUAGUUACCCCUUGUUACUUAUGUCAGCAACAGAACAAAAAGCAGCAACUUCAACUUUAACUGGUUUUCUUUGUAUUUUUGAGUUGUCUUCUGUUUUGUUUGUUGAUGCCUUGUCUUUGUUUUUAUUACUGUGUAAAACAGUAUCUGUCACAACUUGUUUGUUUAAAUGCCUUCAAUGAUAUGAAUGAAGUAUGAAUCCUCACUAGUGCAUUUGGCUUGUGUUAAAAUGGAGUUUUGGCUUUUUAAGUUCAUGACCAAUUCCCAUAGUGAUAUUCUAAUGAAGCAGGCCGUAUUCAUUUCUUUUUACGUUUGUUUCUUGUGCACUUACAUUAUCGUUGGAUGGUGAUAGGACACCAUUCAAGUUUUCACUCAUGGGAAAACAAACAAAAAACUAAUAUUGUACACAAAAAUAAAGUCAUAACGUACUAAAUUUUUGUAUGGAGUGUAAAUACAGAAAUUGAAUCUAUAUUCUUAUAUAAAGAUUUUAUGUAAAACGAUGUGAGUGCACUUGUGUUUAUGACUGCGAAAGUCUGCGAUGAAUAUGACUGUGUGUGUGUGUGUGUGCAAGGCGUGCGUGCGUGUGUGUUUGUGUUUGCUUGUUCUGUAGAAUGAAUGAAGCAGUGUACAAAUGUCCUGUGUAGCUCAGUUGGUAGAGCGUGGCACUUGCAACGCUAGGGUUGUGGGUUUGAUUGCCAAGGAGGACCAGUGUGUAAAAUGUAUGGA